GAGGAGGACGCCCGUGGCGGACGAGCUGCCAUGCCCAGCCCACGGUUUCCGUGCACGGAGGAGGACGCCCGUGGCGGACGAGCUGCCAUGCCCAGCCCACGGUUUCCGUGCACGGAGGAGGAUGCCCGUGGCGGACGAGCUGCCAUGCCCAGCCCACGGUUUCCGUGCAUGGUAAGACAGCAGGAGGAGGACGCCCGUGGCGGACGAGCUGCCAUGCCCAGCCCACGGUUUCCAUGCACGGAUGGGGGGCCACCUCCCAUUACAUCACUCCUCAAACACCCGAGGAGCCGGCAGGCGGAUUUGAACCCGGGUCGACUGGGUCGACUGGGAGCAGAAGUCAGGCCUUAACCUCUGCCAGCCGCCUGCCUAUAUGUGCAUGCAUGCA